UGCAAAUGCUUAGAGUCUGUACUUUCUGUUCAGGGAAUGGUAAUAACAGAGACAAAGCGUCAAAUGCAUGAAACCCUGGAACUAAAAGAAGAAGAAAUUGCUCAACUUCGUAGUUGUAUCAAGCAGAUGACCACCCAGGGAGAGGAAUUGCGAGAACAGAAAGAAAAGUCUGAAAGAGCUGCUUUUGAGGAACUUGAAAGAGCUUUGAGUACAGCCCAAAAAACAGAAGAAGCACAGAGAAGAAUGAAGGCAGAAAUGGAUGAGCAAAUAAAAGCCAUCGAAAGAACAAGUGAGGAGGAACGUCUCAGUCUUCAGCACGAACUAAGUCGUGUGAAACAGGAGGCUGUUGACAUAAUGAAAGAAAAGAGUCAGUCAGAAUAUUUGAAGCUCACCCAAGAAAAAGAGCAGCAAGGAUCUUUGGCUCUAGAAGAGUUAGAAUUGCAGAAAAAAGCAAUCCUUACAGAAAGUGAAAAUAAGCUCCAAGAACUUCAGCAAGAAGCAGAGACUUACCGAACUUCACGUGAAGAUAUUAGAUUUACCAAUCUCUUAGGACUUUUCCACACUGACCUUCAGAGUGAGAUUGAUAUUUUAUGA